AUGAAGGCCUCCCUUUGGCCAUUGGCCUACAUUCUCGCCGGCCUCGUCUUCCGUGCCGGCCUUCUUCUGUGGGGUCAACAUCAAGACGCAACACACGCAGUGCCCUACACAGAUGUCGACUACCUCGUGUUCUCUGAUGCUGCCAAGCUUCUUGUCGAUGGUUGUCCUCUUUCGCGCACAGUGGCCCAACCCGGCUACGAAUCGGACGCUGAUCUUCUGAACCGCACCGACAUUCACUGUGCUCGAGGCAUCGUGCCAGCAGCAGCGCGCUUCCUCCUGGCUAACGAUCCAAACAGCCAUACUCCAGCGGAUAGACUCAAGCCACACGACUCGGACCACAUGUAUUUUUGGGCCAAGCAAUGCUACCGAUUCGCCAAAGCAGCUUUCGAUCUACUAGCUUCGCUCGGCGACCCAUAUGCUAGGCCGACAUAUAGAUAUACUCCGUUCUUGGCAGCGAUACUGUCACCAAUCCAUGUGUUUGGCUGGACCAACUUCGGCAAAUACAUCUUUGCGGUAUCGGAUCUUCUGUGCGCGGUGUUCAUGUGGUUGAUCCUCGAUGGUCGUCGCCCACAAGGGUCAUCAGCUGGCAUUUACGUACAUCUGCCUGGCUUGUUGUGGAUUCUCAACCCAAUGGUUGCGCAGAUAUCAACUCGCGGAUCGUCUGAAGCACUGGUAGGGCUACUUGUCUUGUCGUUCAUCUACUUCUUCCUGAAGGCAAACCCAGAAGCUCCUUUGGGGCUCAAAGCCAAGUAUCUCCCUGCUUUCACAUCUUCACCCUUCGCAAACGGUGCAGACGACGACUCAAAGGACAUAUCACAGGUAAAAUCAGAGCAUGAUCUGGACGAGGCACCAACAUACCAAGUAGUCCCACCAGAAAGUGCCUACAACGUGCUCGAUUGGUCGUUGGAAGCCUACAUGGCCCCGAUCCUGCUUGGUCUCGCGACCCACCUCAAACUUUUCCCUGUCAUCUACGCAGUCCCCAUUCUCGCCCACUUGCAUCGAUGCACAAUCUCGGCAUACUCCCCCGAUCGCCGCGCAUCGCUCAGCCUAUGGACAAAGCACGCAGCAGGAAUGCAAUUCGGUUUUGUCGCAUUCUACGCUUUCAUGGCCGCCAACUUUGUCGCUUGGCUACUCUGGGGCUCUCCCUUCAUCGAUCACACUUUCCUCUACCACUUACACCGUGCCGACCACCGACACAACUUCAGCCCUUACUUCCUCGGCACCUACCUUUCACUCUUCAACUCGACCACCACCCAUGCAUCUCUGGAAACACGCAUUCUCGCAUCACCACUACUCUCGUUCCUCCCUCAACUUCUCACCGUCACUGCGCUAGGGUAUCACCUGGGCAGACGCGACGUAGUGGCAGCAAUGACAGCACAGACGAUCGCCUUUGUCGCAUUCAACAAGGUCUGCACCAGUCAGUACUUCCUCUGGUUCCUCUGGCUCUUGCCGCUCGUUUGGCCCAGUCUCAAGGUGGGUAAAGUCGAGACGGGGAUCGCAUUGCUAGCAUGGGUUGGAGGCCAGGCUUUGUGGCUUUCGCAAGCGUAUCAGCUCGAAUUCGAGGCAAGGCAGGUCUUUGCUAGGAUUUGGGCCAGCGGGUUAGUGUUGGUGCUGGUUCAUGCUGGGUUGUUAGUGUGGUUCUUGUCGUCAUGGACAAAGUUCAGGGUCAAUGUUCAGAAGCAUGGGCUCAAGGCACAGAACGGUGCCGUGGUCAAGACAGUCAAGUCUCAGUGA